CCUUGUAGUUUCCAAAUACCUGUUUCAUGGAAAUUACGCGAGAUUUUAAAAUGGACUAAUGUCUUUGUAUACGCAGUCAGUGAUAUCGAUAGUUAGCUAUUGAUAAAACAGUAUAUUACGUUUUUGUUAUCCACAAGAUGACAUAAUGUAUUCACCAAAGGAUAUUGUAUAUACGGCCCAUUGUAUACAAGACUCGUGAAUAUGAAUGAUCGUGAAUCAGAGUCCGAAGACUUCUUUGACAGUCUGUAUGGCAGUGACUGUGAUGAUAUCUCUGAUAGGUCUUCUCAGGAUGUCAACCGGUCUAACUCCAUCUCGCCCGUCCCACCUGACAGCACCACUCUUAUCAAGAAAUCGUCAGUGCAACCUCUUUCAGAUUUAGCAGCUCGAGUCACGGGGGCACAUUUUCCUUGUAAAUUUCUGGAAAAUCAUGACCCUCCCUUAGAUGAAACUAUGAUUAAAAAGGUUGCCUUUUGGGCAUUUCCCCAGAGUGAGAAUCGUGUGAAGAUCUAUGCCAAAUUAACGCAUUACAAAGAGGACGAUUGGAGGGAUGGAGAAACACUGAUAGAAGAAAACCGAGUCAUGGAAAUUACACAAGUUGGAUUUAUGAUGUCAGCCAUUUUAUCCAAGCCUGUGUUUUUGACGUCCGAAACAUGUGACUCCACUACCAUUACAACCAAAUCAAAGAUGGAGGAUGCCAAGGUGUCACUGUCGUUUGAGAAGUACAGGGUGACCUCUGCGACCUGUAGUCUCUGUCCUCAGGUCAUCUGGUGUCGUCACAUUGUUGCUGUGAUAAUCUACAGGAUACGCAAUGCUGACAAAAUUGCUGUACAUGCCCCUGUAACAGAGGUCCUCUGCACCCUCAACAGAAAUCAGAUACAGAAGCUGCUACAGUAUGCCAUCAGUGAGGACCCAGGCGGGGUGACCUGUCGUAUCUUUAAACAUAUGGAUAUGAUCAGAGACUCUAGAUCAGAGCUCAACAAAACACAAGGAGCACCUGAUCCGACAUUUGGCAUCUGUUCAGAUCAGAAGUCUAUAAUUGAUUUGUCCCUAGCACAGCUCAACCAGGACUUCAGGGAUGAUGUACAAAGAGUCAGACUAAGCAGCAACAGGUACCCUGACACAUGUAACUUUGACGAGAAAGCCAAAUCAGAGAUCUAUCGCUGUUACAUCCAGAAAGUGGCGGAGUUGAUUGGGAGUGAUGAGGUGGACUCGGCAGGGAGAGUUCUCAUCAAUUUGGCCAACAGCACACUAAAUGAAAUCAACACACAGAGACAUUCAAUGUGUGUGAAUCGGCUGUUUCAUGACUUAGAGCGACUCUUCACCUGUUUCAUCGCCACUUUCAAAGGGCAGAUCAGGGAAGACCUAGUCCAAGCUGCCAUUGAUAUCAAUGGUAUCACCAGAAACAUGGACCAUUCGGAGGUGUUUAUAACAGCUUCUGAGUGGUCGGAUUUAGAUUCGAUCCCACUGGAGAACUACAUGUCAGCUACUUGCAUGAGUUACCAUGACGACGAUUCUGAGGGAAUUUUGGGAGCUUCACGACAGAAGCCUUUCUACCAGGCCUUGUGUGCUAGUCUGAUACCUGAUGCUCCUGAUUCACUGGAUGAUCUGCUGUGUGGGAAACAGAAACCACUUACCACAUCUUAUGAAGAAAAGCUACCUGUCAUGUUAUUGAGGUUUGAAGCCUUGAUGCACUUCGGGACAAAGAAACAGGACAAAAAGCUCUACAAUUUAGGAGUGGUCAUCUUGAGAAAGCUGCUGAACUUGUCCAGAAAGUACUCUGUCAUUGGAUGUAACAAGGUCCUAGAGAGUUCCAGUGAAGCCUCAUCCUCAGAAAGCGAUGAGUCAGAAAAUGAGACUGUUUCCAAUAGAGCCUCAACAAAACGGAUACGCAAACAGAAAACAAGACCAAGAAAGAAACCGUGCUCUGUACCUCGUCUGGAAACUACUGAGGUUGAUAUGGAGGGCAUGUCAAAGGCCCAGAUUUCCUAUGGUUUACUGUUUGUCUGCUACACAUUGUACCAAAUAGAAGACCUGGUCAGUCUUGGGCUAGAAGGAAUUCCGGUCAUCUUGGAUGCUACAUUUCGUGCCAUGGAGCUCGGCAGAUUCAGAGCAAUGGCCCCACAGGACAUUAUUUCAGCCCAAGAUUACAGUUGGCUUGUUUUCCUUGACAAGAAGAUUCAAGAGUCGUAUUUGAAGCUUGCUGACAAAAACAGUGCCAUACAUACAUUACAGGAACAGGCCAUUCAAAAGUAUACCUCAGCUCUCCAGGAACAUCAGGCCAGCUUCUAUGGUGACAAUUAUGCUGUGGGUUUGCUCAGCCUCUUUUUGAAAGACUCACUGAUAAGUGACAAGGCUGCUCAGAUGUUAUCAUUAGAGGGUGCCUCUCUCAGCAUCUGUCCACUGAAGAACCUGACUAUACCAAAUUGCCGUUAUGACAACAGUAAUACUGAGAAUGUGAAGAGCAGGUGGACGAUGGUCAUCAAGAGAAUUUUCUCCGGCUUUUCUGACAACAAUGUUAACAACGACACAGUCAUAUCAAAGUUCCUGACCUACACAGAAAGUAUAGAUGACCUUGACUAUGCCGUUUUAGUCUACCAUGUACUGAAGGACUACCAGAAGGAGUUUACCUUACUUGAGCAGAGAAUCUCUUGUAUGAAAUUUCUACUGAGAUUAAUCAAGCUUUGCAACAACUCUGUUUUCACAGGGUCAAAGGUCAUGCUUUCUACCUCAGUUGUAGAGGUAGGACUGCAAAUUCAGUUUCAGUUUCUUGGCUUGAUUCUUCCCAACUGGCAGGAAUUAUGUCUCUUCUUCAGCACGGAACAGCUUACUAAGAUCAUAAAGGUUAUGGCAGACUAUAUGAAGAGCGUUGGCAAUUUGCCAAGGGAGACAUCUGACAUGUUACUGAGGUAUUUUGAGGCUCCCUUCAAACAUGAUGAGGAGUGCAGUGAAUUCCUGAAAUUUUUCCAUGUUGGGGUACUAAGACAUGAGGCACUUCAAAAGGUCAUCUUCAACAACAAAAACUACACCCCUACAGCUCUCUUACUUCUUGCCAAAAUCGAACAUGACGAAAUGGAAUCUUUCACUUUACCUUUUGGGGAUAUAUUUUCUGAAAAUGUCUUCCUUCUGAUACAACAGGCUUUUAAAAGGCUCCGAGAGUUAAAUGAAAACUCUGGCGAAGAUUUAGAGACACCAUUCUCAGUAGACCUACGAGUCCAUCUUCUGUGGUUUUUUGAAAAAAUUGCAGAUUGUGACAAAUGUGGUAACUAUGGUAACGAUAUAGUAACAGGCUCACAAUUUUCUACAGUCAUGGAUGACAUAGCAACCACUAUCAGAAAUGACUCCCAGUUGCUUGUUUCUUUCUUCAAUGAAAUGAAAAAGUCAGAGCCCCUGUUAAAACGUGCAAAACAAGUUCUUGGAGAGCACCUGAUCGGAAGCUAUCGGAGGCGUUUCCAGACACGCCUGCGGACUUGUGGCAGAUCUUCAUAUGAAUACGUGCUACAGGAAAUGAAGGAGGCGCGGAAUCACUGCAUACAAUAUGUUGACAAGGGAAGUGCUGUGUUCAAAAGUGAUGUGACCGACAAUAUCAGACGACUUCAUCGGGGAAAAAAGAGGUUUUUGCGGCUGAUGGAUGAAAAAUACCAAGAACUACGGCAGGAUUUCUAGCAGGAAUUUAUCAGAAAGUAUGAAAGAGAUCACAAUGACUGCAUUGGAAUAGUACAGAGCUGGCAUUGUAUAUAUUGUAGGAAUGCAUGAAUAAGCGCUCACCAGGCUUUCAAAAUGUUUUCUUUUAUGUGAACAAUUUUUAUGUGUCAUUAAUCUUUUUAAAACAUCAACAAAAUGACGCCACUAAAAAGUUUUCAAGGAAUUAUGCACUCCAACACUGUUAAAUCCAGUGAAUAUUUUGUGCAGCAAAACAGGUUUAAAUAUUUGUCAGCCUAUAUAUUAAUACAUUAGGAUAUUUUAUAAAGCUUAUUUUUUCAAUUGAAAAUAUUUUGGAUAAAAAAAAAUGCAGAUUUACUAGUCAAUACUGUCCGACUAUGUGGACGCUGGUGAUACUAACUUGUACUGUUUACAAAUAUGUUGAAGUUGCAUGUUUAUACUUUAUGAGUGCUGUGAUUGACACUAAAAAGUGCAUAAAUAAUGUUAAUGAGAUGUUUUGCCAUAAGAGGGUUUAUUUGUUGAUUUUGUUGUUGCUAGUAGUUAUGGAAUGUCAGAUAUUUAUAUAUUAUUAACCCCUGUACAAUAGAAAACUAAUAACCGGUGAUUAGAUUGUUAUGAAAGUACAGUACAUAUGCGAGAAUGAUUGAAUUGAUGGUAUAGACAAGUUUCUAUGAUACACAUCUAUUUAUUACAUGUGUACACUUGUAAUAUAUAUAGAUACAUUUAUCGACUGUUUAAAUACGUCGAUUGUCAGAGAAAUCAAUGACAUGUAUAGCCUCAUAUUGGACCAAACACUUUACCAAGCUUUACUUUACUUUGCCAAUCAUAGGAACUCGCUUAACUCGAAUACUCAGAUAACUCGAAGUUUCCCAACUUCCAGUCGACUUCGAGAUAACGAGGUUCGACUG